AUGGCUGAAGAAAACCGUAGAAAACUUGUCAAGAUCAGAUGGGAGAAGUUGGACACUGACAUCUUAGUGAGGAUUUUCAAGAACUGCUUUAGCCGCCAUGAGUUGAUGAAUUCUGGAGUAGCUCAUGUCUGUGGAGGAUGGCGUGAGGCUUGCUGCGAUCCCAUUCUGUGGAACACGCUCGAUCUGUCGCACAUGAAAUCUGAUUUCACCCAAAUUCCAAUUUAUGUGUUUGUAGAACCCCACUCUGAUCAAGAAGUGACUCGGUUCUUGAAACUCGCCAUGAGUCUUAGCAAAGGAAACACAAGUACCUUGAUUUUCCAUUUCAACUUGUUUCUCAAUGAUGACAUGCUAGCUUUAAUCGUUCAAAGGUGUCCAAACUUGAGACGCUUAGUGCUACCGGCUUGGAACAGACUAACCAAGGAGUUUUUAUUCAAUGCUAUACAGUUCUGUGAGAACCUAGAAUCGCUGACAGUGUCAAGCGUCAAACACCCGGAAUUUGUCUUUUCAUCAAUCGCCAUGCACUGCAAGAACUUCCGGGAGCUCAAGGUAAUGGGUCCCAUCGAGGUCGACUUUGUCGAGUACCUCGUGAAGUUCCUCCGGAACCUCAAAGUCCUCAGCCUCAGAUGCACUGCCAUAAACCUAGAUGCCCUCAUAAAGAUCUUGGAUGACAUGAAAAGCCUCGAGGUUCUCAACAUUUCUCAUUCUUACCUCGUGGUCACCAGAAAGAAGACCGUGAUUGUGAGGGACCUUUACGAGUCGAUAGUGGAGGCAUCGAAGCCGAAGCAGUUUGUGAUUGUGAGAGAGCUUGACGAGACGAUAAUGGAGAAGGCAUCGAAGCUGAAGCAGUUUGUGACUUGUAUGGAGCACAAGACUUGUGUCAUGUGUCAGAGGACGCAUGAGGAUGAAGGGAUCAUGAAGUGGAAUAAGUACGAGGAAGGGCUAUGGAAAGCAGACGAAGUAACCUCCCUUCAUCUCUAA